GAUACGCUUUUGCUAAAACAUAUCUGACUCAUUUCUGUCAUUUUUUGAGUCCUGUGGGGAAGCAGCUAUUCAUUAACUGAUGUGUAACAUGAAGGAAAGAAAAGCCACCUGAUGACUCCCUAGACAGCUCCAGCAUGAGCACAGAAGGCAAGUAGCUGCUCCUCAGAGGUCAAGAGAAGGCCCCUCACAGUUCCUCACAGAGCAAAUGAGAAAGAUUGUUCUGGAGUCAGUGGGACAGUGGGAACAGACGGAGUCUGAUAACUGCUCAGGAGGAGAUGGCGACUGGACAUGACUGACAUCCAAAGAAGUGGACCCGUCCACCGGUGAACGCCAGUCUCUGCAGAUGCCGGAACCAGAAGGGCCAAGCUCUCUAGACCCCUCACAGGAAGGACCCGCAGGGCUGAAGGAAGCUGCUCUGUACCCACAUCUCCCACCAGAGGCUGAUGCGCGACUGAUCGAGUCGCUCUCGCAGAUGCUGUCCAUGGGCUUCUCUGAUGAAGGUGGCUGGUACCCACAUCUCCCACCAGAGGCUGAUGCGCGACUGAUCGAGUCGCUCUCGCAGAUGCUGUCCAUGGGCUUCUCUGAUGAAGGUGGCUGGCUCACUAGGCUUCUACAGACUGAGAAUUAUGACAUCGGAGCUGCUCGGGACGCAAUCCAGUAUUCAAAGCAUCCUCCUCCAUUGUGACAGUGCUUGUGCCCAAGCCCCCGUGACCCAUCCUGUUUGUCUUGUAGUUGCAUCCAGUAGAGAAGCAGGGCCUCUUUAAGGCCAGUUUCUUGGCAUUCUUCCAGAGCCUGCAGGUGGGAGUGUGUGAAGCCUUUUAGGGCGGUAGGAGAGCUCCAAGAGCGCACGCACGUGCUGCCGCCUGAGAACAGAGCCAGGUACUUUUGGCUGAGCGUCCUCUGCCUUCUCCAAGUCUGAUCUUUGCCAGGGAGCUGCAGAGGCGCAGGGCACUUGCUCUUGCGCCAGCAUUGCACCGGCAGUCCAGAAUUCCUGCCUGAUGACCUUCUG